AAAAUUUUGUGGCAAGUCUGCGGAAUGGACAGUGUUUACAAUGGGAAAUCUCACCUAUUCGUGAUACAGUAGUGUUACCAGUGAUGGGUGUAUUUUACGCAUACACAGUCAUUUUAGCCCAUUCAAUAUUAUAUACAAUUACUCUGUGUAGCGUCACACGGUUACACACAGCAUCCAGUGUAAUAUUUCCCACUUGAGGAUUUCGGAUGGAUUUGGUUGGCUCUUGGGUGGAAUAUGGUUAUGGCAUCACUCAAUAUACUUUUUUGAUUCAGUUACAUUCUGUACUCUGUGGAUGGUGGCGGUGCCGCUUCAGUAUUUUUGACCACCCUUACAGUAUCCUUUUACACAUCUCUUCAUCGUUUGUGUGACUUAGAAUCAAAUGUUUGGACUAUUUUUUUCUGAGUGUUUUAUCAUUUUUUUUAAUCAAAUGUGAUGUUUUAAAACUAAAUUUUGUCAUUAAUUUCCUUUAAAAUAAAUUUGUGAACAUUAGUAAAUUUUUGCUGCAUUUUGUGCGAUUUUUUUGUGAACUUGCAUUGAUUAUUUUUAUAACGUUUUAAUUGUGUUAAUUAAAGUGUGAAAAUGAGUUUACCCAAUGGGGUCGAUAUGACCAAUUUAAUGUCGCAACAUCCUGUUUUGGGGGCUCUGCCACCGUCGUUUUUUCUUCGAGCAGCCUCAGAACGCUAUCAAAGGACACCAAAAUGUGCUAGAUGUCGAAAUCACGGAGUGGUGAGUGCUUUGAAAGGUCACAAGAGAUAUUGCCGAUGGCGAGACUGUGUCUGUGCGAAAUGUACAUUGAUUGCUGAGCGACAGCGAGUUAUGGCAGCACAGGACAAAUCGUUGAACAAGGUCGCUUUGAGAAGACAGCAAGCUCAAGAAGAGAAUGAGGCUCGUGAAUUAGGAUUACUCUACACUGUGCCAAAUCCGAAUUCGGGCAAUUCGGAUAAAAUCCCACUAUCACAGGAUACCAUCAGGAGCGCCUCAUCAUCACCACGGAAAGACAGUUCGCGGAAUCAGAGGAAUUCUUCGUACAACAACAACGAAUCUCAAAUCGAUCUCGUGAGAUCCACGCGACUCUCAUCGUCUUAUUCGCCAGAAAACACAGAAAAUGACGGAAGUCCUGGUCCAAAGCGCACGAGGCUCUCAAAUGAAACAGACAAUGACAACGACACAGGAUCCGAGUCGUCUCCAAGUAGUCCCACAACAUGCCUGAAGGCAAAUCCAUUUUCUUUGCCCAGUCAACUGUCACCCAUUCAGAGGGGUACAGCAAGUUCACCGGAGUCGGAUCUCGAUGUGGAUUCAGCCCUCGAGAAUGCCACUCCUGAGAAUCUCAGUCUCAAGAAGGAGGAUUCUACAUCUCCACCCCCCAGUGGUCCCCCUUGCUCCCUCGAUAAUCUCCACGCACUGCGCUCCUUCACGGGUUCUCAGGGUUUCAUACCCUACCACCAUCAUCAUCAUCAGCAGCAGUUUGUGCCGCAGGAUACCCUCGAUGGAGGUAGCUCUCUGUCUAGCCAGUCGCGGUCGCCUGUAAAUGUUCUGCUGAGAGUCUUUCCCAAUAGACGGCGCAGCGAAGUGGAGCAACUUUUGCACAGAUUCCGUGGAGAUGUUGUCCAGGCAAUGGAGGCGAUGUUGAAUGGCGAAAAUGCCCUGAAUUCCAUCUGUGUUCCAUCCGUUUCUCCACCCUUUUCCGUCAAGUCCGCCUUUUCACCCCUCAUACCGCCGACGGCAUUUGUUUCUUCCGGCGGUGGAAGGUAUCCGUACAUGCCACAACAACCAGUGGCUACCAAACGCUUUCUAGCAGCGCCAUAUUCCGGCACCGGCUACCUUUCUACUGUAAUUCAGUCUGAACCGACGGAUCAGAUUGAAUCGAAUGGAUCGAGUGGUGCAGCUAGUGGAGGAAGUUCCACGGGAAAUGGUGGAGGAAGUAACGGCAGGGGUGGGACACCGACUGGUGGCAGUGAGAACCAAGAGUAGUGUCAAGUACAUUGAAUUUUAAUAAUUCAACUAUUUCAUUCAGUAUAGUCACAUAAGAGUAUUUUUAUCAAAAGAGAAGUUUCUCUUAUUUCCAAAAAAAAAAAAAGAAAAACAAAGCCUAGUGUAGUGAUUUGUUCUCGAAAUAUUAGAAUGGAGAAGGUUAAUUUUAGCCUCCCAAGUAGAUGAAAUUCUAGCAUGUAUAAUCUUUGAGAAGAGUGUACAGUAAUUGUGUAUUUAGAAUUAAUUCAUCUCAAUAAUAAUGCUUUAAUCAGAUAUUGAAAUUAUUUGAGAAGCAAAUAAAGAUGUGUAAUGGAUUGAAAAA